CUUAUACUUGUAUCCACUUGACCAAGUUUAGAAACCAUAUUUGUCCACUUGGCCUCUAAUCCUUGUUACCACAUGGUGACCGGCUAUUUUGCCAAGUCAUCGCUUCCCCCCUCCUACUCCAAGCUGUCCAAACCUUAACCCUUUUGCCACGUUGUAAAUUUCAAUUCAAGAAAUUGUCAUUCCAACUCUUUCAAAAACAGAGAAAGAAAGCCACCUGUAGUACCUCUGCCCAACUAAUUUGGACACACACCUUUCAAUUAGAGGUCGUCAACUUAUGCAAAGUCACCUAGUAUAAAGCCCCCAAGUCCCUAACCAACUUGUUGCAACACGAUACAAACAGGAGCUUCUCUCUUCAUCAAUAAUCUUUCUUUCUUUCCUCACCAAAAAGAAACCAUGAACUGGACGAGAGGGCACACGUUAGGCCAUGGCUCAACUGCCACAGUGUCGGCAGCCACCUGCCGCCACACCGGCGAAACAUUUGCCGCGAAGUCCACUGAGCUAUCGAAGUCUGAAUUCCUGCAAAAUGAGCAGAAAAUUCUGUCUACUUUAGACAGUCCUUUCAUAGUUGGCUACAAGGGGUAUGAUAUAAGUAUGGAAAACAAUAAGCUUAUGUUCAAUCUCAUGUUGGAGUAUUUGCCUGAUGGAUCAAUAGCGGAUGCAAUUCACAGAAGAGGCGGUCGGCUCGAGGAAUCCAUGAUCAGCUGUUACACAAGGCAAAUCGUUGAAGGACUAGAAUAUUUGCAUUCAAGUGGCAUAGUGCAUUGCGACGUUAAGGGGAGGAACAUUUUGUUAGAUGAAGAUGGUGCUAAAAUUGCUGAUUUUGGAUGUGCCAAGUGGGCUGCACCGGUGCCCAGAAUCACUAGCCAGGAAAUCAAGAAAGUGGCAGUGGGUGGCACUCCUCUGUUCAUGGCCCCCGAAGUUGCCAGAGGGGAAGAUCAAGGACUUCCAGCUGAUAUAUGGGCUUUGGGAUGCACAAUUAUUGAGAUGGCCACAGGUGGUUCGCCUUGGCCUAAUGCAACCAAUGCAGCAUCUCUGAUGUAUGAGAUUGGAUUUUCAGGGGAACUGCCUGAAGUUCCUGAUUUUCUAUCUGAACAAGCAACAGAUUUUCUGAGCAAGUGCUUGAGAAGAGAUCCGAAAGAGCGAUGGACCGCUAAACAGCUUCUGAAUCAUCAGUUUCUUGAGGGGGCUAAUACCAAUUCAAAGCAGAAUCAAGAACUGAUUACCAGUUCUCCAACAAGUAUUCUUGAUCAAGAUAUCUGGAAUUCAAUGGAGGAACCAGACAAUCUGAGCGAUGGUGAAAUUAAAGAAAGUUCAUUGAAUUCUACUCCAGCUCAAAGACUACAAUUCUUGGCUUCAAAUUCAGGGUAUCCAAGCUGGAAUUCUGGUGAAACUUGGAUCACAAUCAGAAGCAGUAAAGAUGUGAAAAGGGAAGAUGAGGCCAUGGAAAUUUGUGGGUCAUUGACAGAUGUUGAUUCCAAUGGAGUGAAGCUGGAAAGCAGAAAUUCCGGUGAUCAGAAUUCAAUGAAUUUCUUACACCAAAAUGUCUCUAGUAAAAGUAGCUGUGGUAAAAUGAUUCUCAACAGAUGUACAGAUGAUCAAACAGUUGUAAUUAGCAAUCUCAAUAUCGAGAGAGUGAAAAAGAGGCCAAAGCUUAAUCAAAUUGGUUUUUUAUGA